GAGAAGAUGUUCUGUGUGGUGUGUAAUAAACGGUGCGGGUUUUGUUUAAGCAGGUGGAGCAGAGAAGAGCUCAGCAGGGAUUUAAACUAGCGGUAGAAGGGAAGGACACUGCGCCUGUGUGUGUGUUGAACGACUAGCAUUGUUCCACUAGUGAACAAUAACCCGUUACACACAGGACUGAACUCUCUGUAUAUCGACAUGGAUGAUUCAAUACAAGGACAUAAAUCUGAUGAAGAACCGGAGUCUCCAGAGGAUGAAGAAGUUGAUCCAAGAAUUCAGGGAGAACUGGAGAAACUAAAUCAGUCAACAGACAACAUUAACCAAUGGGAAACCGAGCUGGAGGACUCAAGGCAGAGGUUUCGUGCCGUCCUGGUGGAGGCCACGGUCAAACUCGAUGAGCAGGUCAAGAAGAUUGGUAAAGCCGUGGAGGAAUCUAAGCCGUAUUGGGAGGCACGGAGAGUGGCUAGACAGGCACAGGUGGAGGCUCAGAGGGCAACGCAAGAGUUCCAGAGAGCCAUAGAGAUCCUGCGUGCAGCAAAAGAGACCAUCGCGCUAGCUGAGGAGAGGCUGCUGGAGGAGGACAGUCGUCAGUUUGACUCAGCCUGGCAGGAGAUGCUCAACCACGCCACCCAGAGGGUGAUGGAGGCAGAGCAGAGCCGGACCCGCAGUGAAGUGGAGCACAGGGAAACAGCUGCCAAAUACAACGCUGCCAUAAGCCACAUGAGACAGCUGGAAAAGAAACUGAAACGUACCAUCAACAAGUCACGGCCAUACUUCGAAUUAAAGUCCAAAUACUAUCUCCAGCUGGAGCAACUUAAAAGGAGGGUGGAUGAGCGACAGGCUAAGCUGACCCAGGCCAAAGAAGAGUACAGGACAGCCCUUCGCAACCUGGAGACGAUUUCAGAUGAAAUCCACGCCCGUAGGCGCCUCACAGCCAUGGGGCCACGAGGCUGUGGAGUGGGGGCAGAGAAAGAUGCAGGACCCGGGGAUGACGUUAGCUUCAACAUGGAGUCAGACGGGAUAUCAAUGAUGUCUAUGACUUUUGAAGAAGACAACUGUAAUGGCACUACAUCAGAAGAAGACCCAGAAACCCAAUCCACUUGCAGCAUGAGCUCCAGCUCUGGCCCUCUGGAUGUGCCAUGCCCUUACGUCCCCUCCACUACAUACUCACUACUGUCCUCCUCCUGCCCCUUCCCUUCUCCCACAUCUUCUGGUUUAUUCUCUUCCUGCUCCAAGGAUGCGGAGCUGCCCAGUCCGGACUCUCUGGAGGGCUUCGGUCUCAUCUCACCUGUGUUGGGGCCACGCAGCGAGUGCAGUGGUGCCUCGUCACCUGAAUGUGACCAGGAAAGAGGUGAAAGGGCCGAAGGCGCUGAAGGAAAACAAGUAAACACUACAAAGAUUAGCAGUCAAAAAAACACCACGCUUGAAAAAACAGUCAGCCGUCUGUCUCUGGAGCACGCGAACGAAAACAAGACGGAGAAUACAACAUUCACUACCGCUGCUCCUUUGCUGCUACUAAACUCUGUUUAGACUAAAAGGAGGACCUGAUCGUUCUAUGAACAAACAUAGCUCUACAGUACUUGAGUGGUGUCAAAAGAACCUUUGUAUCUCACCCUACCCCCUACCUCUAUGGAGACCUCAUCGAGGAGGGGAGGGAACAGUUUUAACAUAGAACCUGAAGAUGGUGAAGCAGAACUGUGUAUGCGUACACUUGACCGGUUGUGCACUGGCUGUUUUGGCUACAAAACCGAUGGCCACGUCUUCCUAAUAAGCAUAUCGCAUUAUCAGACUGUGUUGUUUGUGUUGACCGUUUCAGUGUUAAUUAAUGUAUAAGUUUUGUGUUUGUAUAGUUGUGUCCCAGCAGCUAUGCUGCCUGUGUAUUUAAUCCUUCCUGUUACUACAAAACUAAAGUAGAAGAGAUCUAUAUUUAUAUUCAGUCGUUAUCGUAACUGACCUGUGUGUUAUAACAGCACAUUUUUGUGUAACUACGUAUUAAACUUAGGCUUAUGUUGUAAGCUGGACCAUC